AUGGUCGCAGUCCGGGAGUACGCUCGCGCGUUGUCGUCACCAAAACCGUUAACCUUAUUCGAAACAAGCACCGCAACAAAAACAUCCGACACCCGUAUCCGAAAAAACAUGUGGAAGUCUGCUACAGGAACCGAACAAAAACCUGCCAAGCCAUCGGACGACGACGAUUGGGAUACAGACCCAGAUUUCGUCAACGAUGUGUCAGAGAGAGACCAGCGAUGGGGGAAUCAGAAAACCAUAGAUACGCAAGGCGCACCCAAGACGGAGCUGACUAUGGAUGAAUUGCGGAAGCAAGUAAUCGAAAAGAACGAAAAGGCCGCAAAGGACGAAUGGAUCAGGCGCAACGGGAAAGACGUCAAGGAAAGCUAUGGCGUCGGCAAGAACGGCAAAGUGUGA